AUGGCCAAGAGAGAGUUAAGCGGUCCCCAAAAAGGCGGUCAAAAAAAACACCGCAAUGGCCAUGGUCGUCAAUCCAUGCGCACGGUCACGCGUACGGCCAGACGUGAUAAACCCGAAGAAGUUGAACCUGAAGUCUCGGAAUCACUGGAAGAUGAGCAAGAAGAAGCACCAGUCGCCGAUAAAUUCCAGAACAUCAAGGCAUACGAUGCUCUAUUGACUCUUUUGAAGUCAGAUCAACAGAACAUUGAAUCUACAAAGGCUGUAAAGGAAAGAUCAAAGAAAGGAAAGAGCCACGAAACCAGUGGAUCCAUUGAAUCGAAUGAGGAAGAUGAUGAAGUCAAUGAUGAUCAAGAUGCGGAAUCUUCCGAUAAUGAAGAUGAUGAUUCCGAGGAUUUCAAGGGCUUUGAUGCUGAAGAAAAUGAACAAGAAGAGGGUCAAGAAGCUGAGCAAGAGGAAUCUGUUGCUGGACUCAAUGUGGAAGAGCCCUCUGAAGAUGAAGAGGAGGAAAUGGAGUUCGAUGCUUUCGAUGAUCAAUCCAAUUUCAAUGCUCUGGAGGAUCCCUUUGAAGCACACUUCAACGGUGUCACUGAGGAAUAUGCUAAUAAGAAAAGCAAGCUUAUCGAGACAGCCAAGUGGGAAACAACAGCUAAAGCAUCUCUUGCGGAUGGCUCUUACAUUGCCACCACGCAAUCACCACCUGGCGGCGCCUUGGCUAGUGGAUUGAUUGCCAAAACCAAUAAUGUUGAGAAGUAUUCCACACUCAAGCAAAGAGUCAGAUCAGACUAUCUCCGCCACCAUUCUGAAAACUUGGACGAGUUGGAGCUGGAUCUUCUUCAUAACAUGCUCGAGUACAAGGAUAUCAACUACCCAUACAAACUUUACAACAACGCAUCAUACAAGAAACUCUACCUUUUGCACGUUCUCAAUCAUGUUUUCAAGACUAGAGACAGAGUGAUGAAAAACAACGAAAAAAUACGUAAUUACCACGAUGCAUUGAAGAACGGAACCCUCAAGAAAGGCGCUGUUGAGCCUGAGCUUCGAGACCAAGGUUUCACUAGACCAAAGGCCUUAAUUCUUCUACCCACCAGAAAUGCCGCAUACGAACUUAUCGAACAAAUCAUCAAGUUGUCUGGCGCAGAGCAACUGGAAAACCGCAAGAAGUUUAAGUCUCAAUUCUACGAGGAAAGUAGUCCGCUCCUGACCAAACCUGAUGACUUCAAACACACAUUCAAGGGUAAUACCAAUGACUUCUUCAGUGUGGGACUUAAGUUCACUCGUAAGGCUGUCAAGUUGUACUCCUCAUUCUACAACUCCGAUAUCCUCGUCGCAUCUCCUAUUGGAUUGUCCAUGAUCUUGGAGGACCCAAAACAAUCGAAGCGUGAAUAUGAUUUCUUGUCCUCCAUUGAAGUACUUGUCAUUGACCAUGCCAAUCAAAUUGAGAUGCAAAAUUGGGACCAUGUGGGUACAGUUUUGAAGUAUCUUAACAAGAUCCCUAAAGACUUCCACGGUGCUGAUUUCUCGAGAAUUCGGAUGUGGUCCGUCAACGAUCAGGCCAAACUUAUGCGCCAGUCUAUGGUAUUCAGCGAGUACCUCACACCAAACAUUAACAGCAUUGUAUCUCGGUCACAGAACAUUGGGGGCAAAGUCCGGUAUCGUCCGAUUUUCACCAGCAAGACCUGUAUCAUGAACUCUGUGGGUCUUAAAAUCAAGCAGAUCUUCCAGAGAUUCGACUCUGCAGAUCCACAAAAUAACUAUGAGGCUCGCUUCAAAUUCUUUGUGAAUUCGGUGUUGCCCUCGACGCUCAAACAAUCAUCCUACGAGAAUGGACUUCUUGUAUACAUCCCGUCAUAUUUCGACUAUGUCCGUGUAAAAGCGCACAUGAAGCAAAACACCAGAAUCAACUUCGCAUCGAUUGAUGAAUACUCGUCCAAAUCUAAGAUUUCCAAGGCACGUUACGCAUUCAGUGCCGGAAAAGUGCAAGUGUUGCUCUACUCGGAGAGAUUGCAUCACUACUCCAGAUACGAUCUUUACGGAGUGAAGAAUGUUCUCGUGUAUGAGGUGCCCUCCAAUCCUCUCUUUUACAAGGAGCUUCUACGCUAUGUUGGAAAGUCGGUUUACAAGGAGCAGGCUGAUAUCGACUUGUCGUUUGUUAAAACAAUUUAUUCGAAGUGGGAUUCCAUGCCGCUUGAGAGAAUCGUUGGAAACGAACGUGCGCCAGUGUUGUGCAACCUGGUAAAUGAGUUGUAUGAAUUUCGUUAG